GCAUGGAAAGGGCCUCCCUUUGAAAUCAGCAGGCUGUGCAUUUUCUAAAUGACAUCACUUGGCAUUCUGCUGCUGUGUGAGCUUGAUAUUUACAUGGCAAUGCAUGUGUCCCUUGUUCUUGCUCCUUUUGCGAGGCAGCGGGACAUUUCCCAUCGCAGAGCACAGCUCUAGUCUUCUUACUGCCCCCUGCGCGCAAACACACUCUCACACAUACACACACACACAUACACACACUCACCGCUUUCUGAUAAAGCUGCAGGUCUUUCGCUGCAAGCCAGUAGCUAAGGAGAAGAAGACAGCAAAAGGAGAAAAAGAUCCUUGUAUUGGCCUUAGAAUAAAGCUCAUUAGCUGCUGUUCAUGGUUUGGGCUAUCCGUCUUACUGGCUGCAGUCACCGAACACCUGGAGGAUGGGGAAUGGUAGAAGACCACCUAGAAGGAUUGCCAUCUUCCUUUGCAUCUCCUUUGCUCUUUUGCUAAUAAACAAGACGGAAGGGAGAAAACCAAUCAAGUCAAAAUGCCCAACCUGGUGUACUUGUACCAAAGACAAUGCCUUAUGUGAAAAUGCCAAGACUAUCCCUCGCACCUUCCUUCCUGACGUUAUCUCACUGUCCUUUGUGAGAUCUGAAUUUACAGAAAUCCCAGAGGGAAGUUUUUUGCACAUCCCGUCUCUGCAGCUGCUACUAUUCACUUCAAACACUUUUGAUGCAAUCAGUGAUGAUGCAUUUUCUGGUCUUCCUCACCUAGAGUACUUGUUUAUUGAGAACAACAAAAUAAAGUCCAUUUCCAGAAAUGCUUUUCGUGGACUCAAGUCUUUGAUUCACCUGAGCCUGGCCAAUAACAAUUUGCAGUCUCUUCCAAAAGACGUCUUUAAAGGCCUGGAUUCACUGACCAAUGUAGACCUAAGGGGAAAUGCCUUCCAUUGUGACUGCAAGCUGAAAUGGCUGGUAGAAUGGCUGGACAAAACCAACGCCACGGUGGAACAAGUUUAUUGUGAGAGCCCACCCGAAUACAAAGGACGGAAGAUCAACAGCCUGUCUGCUAAGGACUUUGACUGUAUAACCACAGAAUUUGCAAUGUACAAAUCUCUGCCCUAUCAGUCUCUGUCUGUGGACACCUUCACCUAUAUGAAUGACGAGUAUGUUGUCAUCGCUCAACCCUUCACGGGGAAAUGUGUUUUCUUGGAAUGGGACCAUGUUGAAAUGACUUUCAGAAACUAUGACAACAUCACCGGCACUUCAACAGUGGUCUGCAAGCCCAUAGUGAUUGAGAAGCAGCUCUACGUCAUAGUAGCCCAGCUGUUUGGGGGCUCUCACAUUUACAAAAGAGACAUCUUCGCCAACAAAUUUAUCAAGAUCCAAGACAUUGAGGUCAUCAAGAUUCGGAAACCCAAUGAUAUUGAGACAUUCAGGAUAGAUGACAACUGGUAUUUUGUGGUUGCAGAUAGCUCAAAGGCUGGUUGUACAACCAUCUACAAAUGGAAUGGCAAUGGAUUUUAUUCCCACCAAUCUGUACACAUGUGGUAUAGAGACACUGAUGUGGAGUAUGUUGAGAUUGCCAACAAGCCCCAUCUGAUCCUGUCUAGUAGCUCCCAGCGUCCAAUUAUUUACCAGUGGAACAAGAAGUACAACAACUUCUCAAAGCACGCCGAAAUUCCAGAUACAGAGGACGUCUAUGCCGUCAAACACUUUUCCACAAAGGAUGAUGUCUACCUUUGUCUUACAAGGUUCAUUGGAGAUUCAAGGGUUAUCAAAUGGGAAGGGGGAUCUGUGAUUACUGACAUCCAAAGGAUGCCCUCGCGUGGAUCUAUGGUUUUCCAGCCUUUACAAAUUGGCGACCAUAAAUAUGCUAUUUUGGGCAGUGAUUAUUCCUUCACCCAAGUCUUCCACUGGGAUGCAGAGAAAGGGAAGUUUUCCAAAUUCCAAGAGCUGAAUAUCCAAGCCCCAAGGUCCUUCACGCAUGUGUCCAUAGACAAACACGAUUUCCUGUUUGCUUCAAGUUUUAAGGGAGCCACACAAAUAUACGAACAUGUAAUCAUCGACUUGAGCGCAUGACCUUCCGUUUCCAGUGACACAAGAGACUUAAGGAUGGUAUGAACUAAAUGCAUGAUAACGCUAUCUUUUGACAAACAUCUGGAUGACCGGCUUUAGAAGCUGGGAGUUCCAGACCAGGAGCAUUGCUUGUUUCUCGUUCAUUAAUUCGUCAUGUAUAGUGAUUUUAAGAGUUGUACUUUUUCU